CCUCGGCGCCCCGCACCAGGCGGGGCCGCGGCCAGAGCGCCACCGCCGCUGCAGGCGCAGCCGCUGCUCUGCAAAGAGGGGCCCGGGGCUGGGCCGGGGCCGGGCCGGGGCGCCCGCCCUCCCACCUUCUCCCGCCGCUAUGAGCCAGGGAAGUCCGGGGGACUGGGCCCCCCUCGACCCUACCCCCGGACCCCCAGCGCCCCCCAACCCUUUCGUGCACGAGUUACAUCUCUCCCGCCUCCAGAGGGUUAAGUUCUGCCUCCUGGGGGCACUUCUGGCCCCCAUCCGAGUGCUUCUGGCCUUUAUUGUCCUCUUUCUCCUCUGGCCCUUUGCCUGGCUGCAAGUCGCUGGUCUUACUGAGGAGCAGCUUCAGGAGCCAAUUACCGGAUGGAGGAAGACUGUGUGCCACCAUGGGGUGCUGGGCCUCAGCCGCCUGCUCUUUUUCCUGCUGGGUUUCCUCCGGAUUCGAGUUCGGGGCCAGCGGGCCUCUCGCCUUCAAGCGCCCGUCCUGGUUGCCGCCCCUCACUCUACUUUCUUUGACCCCAUUGUUCUGCUGCCCUGUGACCUGCCCAAGGUUGUGUCUCGAGCUGAGAACCUUUCCGUUCCCGUCAUUGGAGCCCUUCUUCGCUUCAACCAAGCCAUCCUAGUGUCCAGGCAUGACCCAGCCUCUCGGCGCAGAGUGGUGGAAGAGGUCCGAAGGCGGGCUACCUCCGGAGGCAAGUGGCCUCAGGUACUGUUCUUUCCUGAGGGUACCUGUUCCAACAAGAAGGCUCUGCUGAAAUUCAAACCAGGAGCCUUCAUCGCGGGGGUGCCUGUGCAGCCUGUCCUCAUCCGCUACCCCAACAGUCUGGACACUACCAGCUGGGCUUGGAGGGGCCCUGGAGUACUCAAAGUCCUCUGGCUCACAGCCUCUCAGCCCUGCAGCAUCGUGGAUGUGGAGUUCCUACCUGUAUACCGCCCCAGCCCAGAGGAGAGCAGGGACCCCACCCUCUAUGCCAACAAUGUCCAGAGGGUUAUGGCACAGGCCCUGGGCAUUCCAGCCACGGAGUGUGAGUUUGUAGAGAGCUUGCCCGUGAUUGUGGUGGGCCGGCUGAAGGUGGCCUUGGAGCCACAGCUCUGGGAACUGGGCAAAGUGCUUCGGAAGGCUGGGCUGUCCCCUGGCUGUGUAGACGCUGGGACAGAGCCAGGCCGGAGUCGAAGGAUCAGUCAGGAAGAGUUUGCCAAGCAGCUGCAGCUCUCUGACUCCCAGAUGGUGGCUGGUGCCUUUAGCUACUUCCAGCAGGAUGCCGAUGGUUUGGUGGACUUCCGAGACGUGGCCCUUGCAUUGGCAGCUCUGAGUGGGGGCAGGAGCCUGGAGGAGCUGACUCGCCUGGCCUUUGAGCUCUUUGCCGAGGAGCCAGAGGAGCAGGCUGAGGAGCAGGCCAAGGGGCCCGGCCGCCUGCUCUACAAAGACGGCUUCAGCACCAUCCUGCACCUGCUGCUCGGCUCGCCGCGCCCCGCUGCCAGGACCCUGCAUGCCGAGCUGUGCCAGGCGGGGGCCCGCCAGGGCCUCUCCCUCUGUGAGUUCCAGGACUUCUCCCUCCACGACCCGCUCCACGGGAAGCUCUUCAGCACCUACCUGCGCCCCUCCCAGACACCACCCGCCUCCUCCCCAGGCAGCACCACCGCUCUGGCCAACGGGACUGUGCAAGCCCCCAAGCAGAAGGGCGACUGAGCGCCUCGACCCCCCGCCCCGCCAGCUCGCACCCGCCCACAGACUCAGGGCAGCGCCAGGGGCCACCCCUGGGCCUCAAGCCCACCUCUGUCCUGCUUGACUUUCCAUUAUUGUCGUUGAUUUUUUUUUUUUAA